CCCAGGCAUUCCAGAUAAGAGAUGCUCAACCUCUCAGUGAAUACUGAGGGGUGUGUAUGCUCAGUGAAGGAAGCCACACGAUGCUGUGCAUAUUUAAAACAUCAUCUGGAUGUGGGGACAUCAGGCAGAACGGAAAGAGGAGCUGUGAUGGCAACUGAGUUGCGGUAUCCUGACAAGGUGGUCAUAGUAACAGGGGGCACCAGGGGCAUCGGCGAAGCAAUUGUCAGAGAAUUUGUCCACCAAGGAGCCAAAGUGGUUUUCUGUGCCCCAGAAAGUGAAGAAGAAAAAGGGAAGGCAAUUGUGCAGGAACUGCAAGAUUGCGAGGGCCCUGGGGAAGCUUACUUUCAGAUCUGUGAUGUUCGCUGCGAAAAAGCUAUUAAGAAUCUGGUUGAUGUGACCAUUGAACUUCAUGGAUACCUUGACUGUCUGGUGAACAAUGUUGGAGUCUAUUUAUCUUACAAAACAAUUGAUGAUUUCACUUCAGAAGAAUUCCAUGAAUAUAUGGACAUCAAUGCUGUCAGCUAUUUCUUAGCAUCUAAGUACGCCCUGCCUUAUCUCCGAAAAACAAAAGGGAACAUUGUUAAUAUCUCCAGCACUGUCAAUAUCGUUGGAAACAAGCAGUCCUUACCCUAUGUAGCAACCAAGGGUGCUAUUACUGCGAUGACAAAAGCUCUGGCCAUCGAUGAGAGCAAGUAUUGUGUCCGAGUCAACUGCAUCUCACCUGCCAAUGUUUGGACUCCACUGAAUGCAGGACUUAUAAAUGGCUCACCCGAUCCAGAGAAAGCAUUCCAGGAAGCCAAGGAUGCUCAGCUUAUGGGACGGAUGGGGACCCCUGCAGAGAUCGCGAAGGCUGCCCUGUUCCUUGCUGCCGAUGCUACAUUCUGCACAGGAUGUGACCUUGUGGCCAGUGGCGGAGCUGAGCUUGGCUUUGCCCAUAAGAGUCAAGUUACUCCUGGAUGUGACUCUAAAAACUAGAAGAGCUAAACACAAUGGGAGUGCUAUAGCGACUAAAACAAGGCAAGCUGGGGAGAACUUUUACAAUGCGAACCUACCAUCCAGGUAGAGGGCUGCCUCAUAAGGAAGUUGUAUCCAUAUAUUGUAUUCCAGAAAUCGGUGGGUCCAAACCUUAGGUCUUCCAGGUAUUUUGGACUUCAGCUCCUGCAAUUUCUAACAGCUGGUAAACUGGCUGGAAUUUCUGGGAGUUAAAGUCCAAAACACCUGCUUUGAUAAUCUGGAUUAUAUGGUUACACAAAACGAGCACAUGUACUGGAGAAGUCCACACAGGGUAUAUGAACAAAAUCAUGUAUUUUCCUUGAUUGCAGGGGUAUACAGUGAUGCAAAUAUGCACAUUCUUCAGCCGAAAUCAGAGUUUAAGCGCACCUUUUUAACACGUGUUUUUCAGCUAUUAAUGUUGUGGCUCAGCAAGUGGCUAGUUCUUAGAGGAUGAGGGGAAUAAUGAAUUUCAAAAUGAGGAGUCUGUGUCAUAUCGGGGAAAAUUUCAGGCCUUAGAUUUGAGAGAAUUGCAGCCAGAUGAAGACAAGGAGAGGAUAUUUUAGAUUCCAAUGUUUGUUCCUUAGCAACAGGGGAAAAGGGAAACUGGUGAAAGGUCCAUUUCUCUUGGGAAAGGGCCUUCAGUCAAUGGAGAGUUUUCCCAUGAAGUCAGAUUAGGUCUCUGGACGGAGGGAGUGAAAGAUAGAUUAAUUAGGCAUGCUGAGAGACUCCAUGAGAAGUCCUUGAAGCCCGGAUGCGUUCAGCAUGAUCUCAUGGCAUCUUGGUCUGGCUUGGUCUUAAAUUAAGUGGUGUUUAAUAGGUGUCUCUAAGAGGAGACAAUGUUGCUGUAAGGUGUGGGUUCCUAUCUCAGCUCUCAAGUUCAUGAUUCAAGUUUCCUGUGUUUGUCGAUGUUCCUGGAAGGGUUUGUCUUGGGAAAAGUUCUUGUUUUCAUUCAUUCAUACCUGUGAUUUUGACUCUCUUGACAUCAUGUACUUUGCCAUUUUUGGAUUACUGCUUUUUUGUAUAUGUACUUCUGUUAUUUUGUAUUUCCUUCUCUACUACUCUUUUGGAAAAUGCCCUUUUUCUCUUUGUACAUGCUUUUCUAAUAAACUG